AUGCCGCCGAAGCUCGUCCCGCUCCCGCGCAAACCGACGGCUCAGCUACCUUCCCUUAGCAGCGAUGACGACAUUACGCUUGGCAACAUACGUGUGGGACCAAGUGGAGUGGAGUUCACUGGAGAAGGUGAUCUACACGUUCCUCGUCAGGACAUCUCCCUUGACGCGCUGAAGUGUAUGGAAUGCUUGGGAAAGGGGACGCAAGGCAGUGUCCGCAAGUGCAUCGAUCAAAAGGACAAUGCGGUGUAUGCGGUGAAGGAGCUUCUUAUUCCCAGAACCACGGAUCGUAUGAAUAAACUUACUGUUGCAGGGGAGUUUCGCAACAUUUUCUGGCAGGGGACGAAUACAUACACUGUGAAGCUUUACAAUGCCUUCUAUAGAGAUGGAACACUUCAUCUUGUUAUGGAGUAUAUGGACUGGGGGAAUUUAGAAGAACUGAUCUCUAUUCAACCUGUCAUUCCAGAACCUGUAUGUGCCUACAUUGCAUCACAAAUCUUGCAUGCAUUACAAAUAAUUCACACAAAGAACAAUUAUCCUACCGAAACUGAUCAAAAAGAACGUCGUCAGAUUCACCGUGAUAUAAAACCAGCCAAUCUAAUGCUUUCUAUGGAUGGCGUUGUGAAGCUUACUGAUUUUGGCAUUGCUGCAAGUGCAGAAACAAUUGGCGUCAAUUCUUUUGUGGGUACUGUCACAUAUAUGAGCCCAGAACGGAUUCAAGGACGGACAUAUAGUACUCCAAGUGACAUCUGGAGCGUAGGUGUACUCAUCGCCCAGCUGCUGCUCGGACGAUUCCCCUUUUCCGCCGCAACAAUAGGGUUUAUGGCGCUUUUACACCAAGUGAUGGAGUGUAAAUCGUUUUCUUUGGUUUCCGAGUGUAAAUGUUCCCAGAGGGCUGAGGAUUUUAUCAACCAAUGUAUUCGUCAAAAACCAGCUGAUCGUGGCACAGCUGCUGAGCUUCUGCAAGAUGAGUGGAUUGUUGAAAAUGCCUCAAAUGGGAGAGAUGUUCUUACGAAGUUGUUGAACACGGUAGGUAAACCGGCUCGUACUGUGAAUUGUGCAAGGUAA